AUGACAAAAAGAACCAUGCGAAUAGCCUUGCUGAUUAACGAUACUCCUGUACCAGCAGUGAUACAGGAAGAUGGUACAUAUCUUGAUAUUUAUAGACGAUGGCUCUUACAAUCCCUUUCAACGUAUCCCGAUGUUGCUGUAGCUAAGAAUACCGAACUUAUAAUGGAUGGCUAUGACGUUGUGGAUAAAGGAGAGUAUCCAGCUGAAGAAAAGCUGUUAGCUGGAUCCCAUGACGGCUAUGAUGCCAUCGUCCUGACUGGAUCCAAACAUACUGCUCACGACUCCACCAAUCCUUUCAUCCCUCCUCUCAUUUCCUUCAUUCGCCGUCUGACAUCCUCACCACAACACAGUCAUCUGAAAUUUAUAGGAAUAUGUUUCGGACAUCAAAUUAUAUCUUUAGCCCUGGGUGGAGAGUGUACAAGCGGUGGAAAUGGGUGGGAAAUCGGUGUUUACGGUUGUGAAUUGACUGAAGAAGGGAAGAAAUGGUGGACUUGGACAGGAGAUCAAACGGAGGGAAAGGAAGUUCCAGGUCAUGGCGGUGACCUCAAAGUGUAUAUCGAACAAAUGCACCGAGACCAUGUACCUUCUCUCCCACCGUCUUGUCAGCUCCUCCUUUCCACUACCAGAUAUCCUGUACACUCCUUCGUUCGUUAUCAUCCGCUGUCCUCACCUUCACAUCCCGUUGCACAAAUAUUGACUGUACAAGGCCAUCCUGAAUUCACCCCGAACAUCGUCUCUCACAUCAUAGAUGCGAGGAGCAAGACCGGAGUUUUCAACGAUCAAGUCACUGAAGAAGCUAGAAGGAGGGCGGGAGGUAAGGGUAGCGGAGGAGAGGGUUUUGGACGGAUUGGCUGGGCAGUUUGGCGAGUCUUGUUGCAGAAUAUACCUUUACCCAAUUGA